AUGCAUAAAAUAAAGACAUCCAUUAAGAAGGGUCAGAGUCCCAAUGCGGACGCAGAGUCCGCGGAUGACCUCCCGGAAAUGGAGACGGAGAAGUUGGAGAACACCGACAGUUCCAACGAGGACACCGAGGAGGAGACCGAGGACGGUCAGCAGGAUUGUGAAGAAGUCGAAAACUUGGCUGUGGAGAUGGAUAAGGAGGAGGAGCUGGAGAUGGAGAUGGAGAUGGAGGAGACGGGCGAUGGUGAGAAGGAAUAUAACCAGGAGGAGCUGCGUACAAUGAAUGAACUGGAUGAUCUUUCGCCGGCUGCCUUGGUGGCCGAAGUCAGGUUCCUGGACCAGCAGCUGUACAAGCUCAGCCAGCAGGAAGCUCGGGAAAUCACCCGCAUCAAACACCUGGACAUCUUUGGCAAAAACAAGCGUCGUUCCAGCAAGUGA